AUGGUAAAGGAAUGCAAUUUCACGAACAGGGACAUUCAGGAGCAAUGUUCUCAAGUACAGAAAGGCCUCGGUGUGUUCGCAAACGCUGAUAUCGGGAAAGGGACAGUGGUCGAGGUCUGCCCUACGCUCGGCUUCUCGAGGAAGAGUAUAAGCGCAGCAGAUUCAGCCGGUGUGGGUAGUAGCAUUCGACUUGAGGACUACGUCUAUGAGUUCCCUGGGGAGUCCUCUCACUUGCGGGACGAUCGGAUGUUGUAUCUCCCUCUAGGGUUCGGUUCCCUAUACAACCACUCCGAGAAGCCCAAUUUACGGUAUAGUAUCGAGAGGACAGUUGACGGCGAGCAUGUGGUCAUGGUCGUGAAAACUACUGAGGAUGUGGCCGCUGAUGAGAACAGCAAUUAA